AUGAUCAAUUCUUCCGAGGAAAUGACCAAUGUAAACGAGCGCAAUGUAUACUUCGGUACUGACUCGCUGAAGAAAUACUUCGACCCGGACUGUCAGCCUCCUCUGCCCCUUGUAGAGCUGCCACCUCAUUUGAACCCUUAUCAUCAAGAUGGGGUGCGGAUCUAUGCCAAAAUGAUGACCAUGCAUCCGGCAAACAAUGUCAAGGCAAUGCCAGCAUUGAACAUGCUCGAAUCUAGUGUUGUGCCCAACAAGACAGACCGGAUCAUCGAAUACAGCUCCGGAUCGACAGUCAUUUCGAUGUCCAUGGUUGCCCGAGUCAUGCACGGAGUAAACGACACCCGGGCUUUCCUGAGCAACAAAACCAGCGAUGCAAAACUGAAGCUGAUGCAAUUCUUCGGUCUUGACAUCACCUUGUUCGGUGGACCAUCUCAGCCAGAGCCAUUAGACGAAACGAGGCGGCAUUCAAAAUGCCCGAAGAAUGGCCCUGGAUCCCAUAUCCGGUGGACCGGACCACAGAUCUUCAAGCAGCUGCCUGAAAUAAACGUUCUCUGCGCUGGUAUGGGCACAUCUGGUACCAUGACCGGACUGGGGACCUAUUUCAAAGACGUGAAGCCCUCUGUUUUCCGACUUGGUGUUUGCACAGCCCCUGGUGACCGAGUACCUGGCCCCAGGUCAUAUGCUCUAAUGCGCCCUGUUGAGUUCCCCUGGAAAGCAGCCGUGGAUACCAUUGAAGAAGUUGGAUCAUCCGAGUCAUACACACUCUCUCUGAACCUAUGCCGGGAAGGUUUGGUCUGUGGCCCAUCAUCCGGGUUCAACCUCCAAGGACUCUUCCAGAUGCUCGCAAAGCGCAAGGCUGCGGGAACCCUAUCUGAGCUCGCAGGGCCAGACGGCACAACCCAUUGCGUGUUCCUCUGCUGUGACCUACCAUACCAGUACAUUGACGAGUACUUCCAAAAGCUGGGCGAGCAGCAAUUCCACCCAAUCCGAAACGAGCACCUGAAGAAAGUUGACCUGCACCGGUAUGACGAGAGCUGGGAGCGGGAUGCAUUGGAGGUUUUACCCCAAUUUUAUGGAUCACCGCGAUCCCUUGCGCAAAGCCCAUUGAGCGAGAUUGUCCUCAAGCCGCAGAACCGCGUUUUGGACCUGCGCCAACAAGAUGAUUUCCACGCGUGGCACCUCCCCGGCUCGGUGAACCUGCCGUUGUCUAGUGUUGGGCCUCACAGUCCGUCACCGUUUUCGGAUCCAGGUGUUCUGGAGGCGCAAUGGGUGGAGCUGGAGAAGAUCUUCAAGGAUGACGUCUUGGUCUCAGAUCUGGGGCGGCAUCACGUUCUAGUGGUAUGCUACGACGGUGAUUCAGCACGUGUGGCCACCAGCGUUCUUCGGGCCAAGGGCCUCGAAGCAGACAGCGUGCGUGGAGGCCACCGUGCGCUGAGGAUGUAUGGGAUCGGGAGUGAGAACCCGAUCUCCACUACCAAGGGGCCUCUCGGGGCUACAGUUUCCAUCGCGGCUGUUCCCCUUGAAUAG